AUGUCUAGUGAAAGAAUUCAAAGACGGAUGUUUUCCAAAAGAUUUGAGAGACCUAGAACGGAUGUCCACUACCGGAAGAAGAAGAUAGGAAAUCCUAGAGUGUCACCUGGGAAGAUAGGAAAUCCUAGAGUGUCACCUGGGAAGAUAGGGAAUCCAAGAGUGUCGCCUGGGGAGAGAGGGAAUCCUAGAGUGUCGCCUGGGGAGAGAGGGAAUCCUAGUGUGUCGCCUGGGGAGAGAGGGAAUCCUAGAGUGUCGCCUGGGGAGAGAGGGAAUCCUAGACUGUCGCCUGGGGAGAGAGGGAAUCCUAGAGUGUCGCCUGGGGAGAUAGGGAAUCCUAGAGUGUCGCCUGGGGAGAUAGGGAACCCUAGAGUGUCACCUGGGGAGAUAGGGAAUCCUAGAGUGUCACCUGGGGAGAUAGGGAAUCCUAGAGUGUCACCUGUGGAGAUAGGGAAUCCUAGAGUGUCACCUGGGGAGAUAGGGAAUCCUAGAGUGUCACCUGGGGAGGGCAAAGACUCGGAUUUCGAUGGGUAUAUUACUGCUGUAACUUUCAAACACCUCUUCGUAUUCAGAACACUAGACGAUUACGUGGUUUUAAGAAAUCUAAAUUCGUAUACCGACAAAUUUGGAAGAUUAUCAUAA